AUGUAUAAAUUAGAACUACUACUGGAAGUAUCUCUAGAACUACCAUCAAAAGUACCACCUGAAGUACAACCUGAAACAUCUCCUGAGCUAUUGCAGGAACCAUCACUAAGACAAACGCCAAAACCAUUACAACAAAAAUCAUCAAAACUAUUGCAUACAUCAAAAUGUGUUCACCAUUCAAGCCACCUUUCAAAAAGUCAAAUAUCCAACACUCAAGUAUCACAUUUGGAUGAUAUUUCUAAUCGCAUUACACCUCCACAACCAAGAUCACAUUUGGGUGAUAUUUCUAAUCGCAUUACACCUUUAACAUUAGAGAUAGUGAAAAAUCGGUCUUAUAAGUACUUUCGACAAGGCUCAAGGAUAGAAAUUGAUUUGGUUUUACCAUAUAUAGCACCAGAAAUUAUUUAUCCAGAAGUUAAAAAUAGAAAACCGCAUACUAAACCAUCUGAUAUUUAUUCGUUUGGCAUAAUUAU